AUAACUAGUUUAAAUCCAGUACACAUAUUUUGUGCUUAAAAAUGAAUUACUUGGCCAGUCUUGUUGCUGAGUCUGUUACUCCCCUUGUUAUGCCUCUGUAUAUAUGGGCGAUUGAGUUUCUAAUUUUAAAGAUGAGGUUCUCGGCGUGCCCAUAAUGGCACAGCGUGCAAUUACUUUGGAGUCAAGAUGUUUAUAGUCUGUGCCAGGCACUGUUCCCAACUAAUGUUAGCACAUCACAGCAAAUUUUUAAAAAAUAUAGAUAUAUACUGAUUGUAAAAUCUGUUAUGAUGUUUUGUUCCUUCCACUACUGUUCUCACAUUAUGAGGCAAUAUCAACCGGCAAGUACCGUAAUCAUGGUUUCAAUUGACUUGUCUGAAAGCUCCUGUUAUUUGGUUUUAAUUUUAUGUGAAAAUAUUCAGGUUUAAAGUAAGUAAACAACAGUAAACCAUUACCUGUACAGGGCCGGUAUUACAAAUUUACAGGCUAUGUAAUUGCCAAUACAUUUAAGUUUCCAGCUCUAUACUCUUGUGUGCCCCGUUAAAUCCCUGAUCCAUUGGGUCAUGUCCCCUACCUGUCUGUUUUGGCCCAACUAUCUAUGCCAAUGCCCACUCACAGACAACUCAACUGAUCCACCCUAAUGUGGAAACACACAGGACCCAGCAGUACUGAAGUGUGCAAUUCACCUUAUAUUGGUGCAUAUCACAGCAUGUUUCGGGAACUAGUCCUUUUUUCAAGCCAUUAUAAGCGCCGAUAACUGAGUUGACAGCUCUGCUAUAGUGCACAUAACCUGCCCAGAGCAUCUCAAGGGGCACCUGGUAAAAGAGAGCAUUCUCCUGAAAAGCAUACCAAGCUGGAAUAUUUUUUUACUGAAGAACAAUGUACAGGGUUGGGAUUAUUGGUGGAUCUGGUUUGGAUGACCCUGAUAUUUUGGAAGGAAGAUUAGAAAAAUAUGUUGACACCCCAUUUGGCAAGCCAUCUGAUGCAUUGGUUUUAGGAAAGAUAAAAAAUGUGGACUGUGUUCUGCUUGCAAGGCAUGGUCGGCAGCAUACCAUAGCACCCACAAAUGUUAACUACCGUGCCAACAUCUGGGCACUGAAAUCAGAGGGAUGUACCCACAUUUUAGUAACUACGGCUUGUGGAUCCCUGAGGGAAGAAAUUCAACCUGGAGAUAUUGUCAUAGUGGACCAGUUUAUUGAUAGGACUACCAAAAGAGAGCAAACAUUUUAUGAUGGAGGACCUUCUUGUCUACCUGGAGUGUGUCACAUUCCAAUGGCUGAACCAUUUUGUGCAAAAACAAGGGAGGUUUUAAUAGACAUUGCAAAAAGACUUGGUAUUAAGUGCCAUUCUAAAGGUGCAAUGAUCACAAUUGAAGGUCCACGCUUCAGUUCCAAAGCAGAAAGCCAAAUGUUUCGUCUGUGGGGAGCCGAUGUCAUCAACAUGACCACAGUGCCUGAAGUUAUCCUUGCAAAAGAAGCUGGAAUUUGUUAUGCAAGUAUUGCUAUGGCAACUGAUUACGACUGCUGGAAGGAGCAUGAGGAAGCAGUAUCUGUUGACAGGGUUUUAAAGACCUUAAAAGAAAAUGCAAACAAAGCAACAAGCAUCCUUCUGACAGCUAUACCUCAGAUAGCUGCUAUGGAUUGGACAGAGUUGCUUCAGAGCAUGAAGAGCACAGUACAACUUUCUGUUAUGUUACCCAAGCACUGAAAGUUUAUUGAUGAACUGAAGAAUGGAAUGCAUUUCAAGAUGAAUGUGGAAAAAACCCUUAUAGCACCAGAGUAACUGUAUGCAGGGUUUGCACUUAUGCCUUUCAAAAACCUUAACAAACGACUGAAAUGUACUGUAUCCUAUUGCAUUUUGCAUUACAUAUUUGUUCAUGAAGCAUGACCAAAGAAAUAAUGUACGUGCUGCAUUUUUUCUGUUACCAGGCAGUUUUCAGUAGAAAGCUUAUGAUUCCAGUGGUCCAACUGUUUCACAUUGCAGUGCAUAUUCUAGCGAAUGUUUAAUGACUUUAUUAAAGGUUACCUGUAAGAAA